CACGAGCCAGGUCCAGUUAAGGGGAAGACUCGACAAACUUCCAUAUUUAUCUGAAUUCUUCUAAACCGACAAGAUGCUCGACCGUCUCGUUGGACUCAGCAUGCUCAUCGCAGCAACCGCCGUCUUCCUCUAUUACACGAUAUGGACACUUUUCAUGCCCUUCGUUGACGAGGACCAUCCCCUCCACUCGCUCUUCCCUCCACGUGUCUGGGCCAUUCGUAUCCCUGUCAUCCUCAUCAUCCUCGGAACCACCGUUGUUGGAAGCUUCCUUUCAGUUGUUAUGAUACGGAGUAACAGGAAGAAGGCCUUGAAAGCCAAGCAGAAGAAGGCUACUUAAACAAGAGCUACAUUGUUUUGGAACGUUGAAUAGGGGUUGGACAAACGCCAGUGGAGCUGUCCUGGUGUCCGGAGCGGAGGAAAACCAGUCUGCUUUUUCGACUGCUGGAAGAAUGCGAUUUGGUCACAACAUCAUUGGGAGGAGUAACGUCAAGAGGUCAGCUGUCAUGUAUGGUCAAUUCUGUCUCAAUGGAAAUAGCUUUCCUGGGAAUGUUUUAGUAUUAAAACUAUCUAAUCAAAAUUAUCCAAGCUGAAUCUCUCUUCGUUAUGUUGUUGCGAAAUAAAGAUACUAUAUUCACACGGGAUUUGAUUUUGAUGGUCCGUAUGGUCUUUCUGUACCUCUCACAUGACGUUACAGUUGUCAUGAUUUUCGAGCAUGAUGGUAG